AUGGGUUAUCCUCGAGGAUAUACAGCUCUGUUGAACUCUUUCAGUCACCAGCAGCGAGUGAGUGUUGCGGUUCACGUGCCAGCUUUAGCAGUGUGUUUGUCUGCGAUGCUUUCGCACCUGCCACGUCAGCCUGAGCCGGCAUGGUCCAGGCCCUGGGAACAUCUGUCGACUGCCUUGUCGUUGCAGCACCCGUUGGCCCACUCGCCGCUGCUUGAACAGGACGCGCAGCGCUACGUGGAUGGCCUUGAGAAGGAUCUCCGCGUCCACCCUCGCGCGGAGGUGAUCCUCGAAGAGACAGAGAAGGAGCAGUGCAGCCAGAGGUUUCGCCUGAUGAUCUGUUUCGAAUGGUUGAGCAUGAACUACUUGGACAUCGUGCUCCGGCACAUGCCGGCUCGCACAGUCCGCAUGUUCCCGCGCCCCGCGGUUUGUGCUUUGCCCAGCUUCACUGCCGGCCCUGGUACUACUGGGUCCCCUCUGAGCAGAACGUUUCAGAUCCCCUCAGUCGUCUCGGGUUCCAAGAUCCCGCGAUUGCUGCUAGAAUCACUUGCGGCAAGCUUCAGCCGCUUAGUAUCCGCCCUGAUUUCUCUGUGUUUCGUCAAGACAUGGAGAUUGUGA